AUGGUGGUAUCAGAGCAGGCUGUGCAUAAUCAACCUAAUGUUGGUGGGAACGACGAGUUCCGACAUUUGGGGAAGCUCCAGUGGAACAAUUUGCCUACUUUCAAGGGUAGGUACGCUCCUGAUGGAAGGCACACUUGGCUCAAGGAGAUUGAGAGGAUUUUCAGAGUGAUGGAUUUCUCUGAAGCACAGAAGGUGUCGUUCAAUACGCAUAUGUUAGCUAAGGAAGCUGAUGACUGGUGGAGCAACACUCGUCAGGUGGUGGAUGUUGCAGUUGAAGUUGAUUAUCAUGGGAAGAAGGAGAUUGAGUAUGCUGCCAUAUUUGUGGAACUUGCUAAGUUCUACCCUCAUUACAAUGAGGCAACUGUUGAGUUCUCUAAGUGUGUCAAAUUCGAGAAUGGUUUACGUCCUAAGAUUAAGCAGUUGAGCGAGAGAAGUGGAAAGCAGAAUCUAAACCGUGGGAAGCCAUAUAGUGCUCCAGUUGAUAAAGGUAAACAGAGAGUUGUUGGUGGUAAAAGGACAAGUGGGGGAGGUGCCCCUACUCCUCUUAAGUGCUAUAGGUGCGGUGAGUUGGGUCAUCGUUUCAGUGAAUGCAAGAGUGAUGUGAAAAAGUGUAUAAGUGUGGGAAGUCAGGACAUUUGGUUACUGAUUGCAAAGAGAGUGUGGUGA